CUGUCAACAUUCUGAUAAGUCAUGUCAUGUGUUGGUGUUGCUUGGCUUGCUUGCUUUCAGCUUUCUUUACUUUGCUUGUACGCGCGUCGUCAGUCAAAUGGACUGUUUAUGUGUAGAAACAUCUAUCGCAUAACACACAAAUCGUAACAACAAACUCGAUUGUUAAUAAUAAACCGAAACCAGCCCUGUACAGUGCCAAUAACAGAAGGAUAUUUGGGAAAUAUGUGAAAGUGACAGUAGCAAAAUCGACAUAGUUUUUGUGUGAUUAUAAUGUUAUUUCGCAUAUUUUCGAGUACCGUCAGUCAGUAUAUCGGCGUUUAUAAAGAAGAUGUUGCGCGUGAGGCAUAGUUCUUGUGUAGUGGAGGACACUUGAUCGGGAACACUAUGUUCGAAGCGGGAUAAGCGUACUCGACUAUAGCACGAUCAGCUAUAAUGCAACACGAGUGUACGCAGGAGGGCGGCAGGAGCAGGUACGAGCGGCGCAAGCCGAGCAAGGUGCUCAAGAUAGCCGAGAGCUUCACGAACUUGGACGAGACGGCCAAGUCGGGCCGCUACGUGCGGGGCCCGCACUACAAGGCGGGCCGCAGGUAUCGGGACGGCGACAACGGGAGCCGGACUAAGCGUGCGCUGUGUUGUGAUGAUGAUUGUGAUAAGGAGUCAGGUGUUAGUGAGGAUUGUGAGAGACUCGGUGACCGCAGGGUGACGGGCUCGUCAUGCACGGCCCUCAGGACUGCUGUGGCAGCACUCUAUCCCUUCGACGACUUCACCCUCGAGAAGAUAGGCUCCGGGUUCUUCUCCGAAGUGUUCAAAGUAACGAACAAGACCUCCGGUAAAGUAAUGGUGCUGAAAAUGAACCAGCAGCGCGCCAACAGGCCCAAUAUGUUACGAGAAGUGCAGCUCAUGAACAAACUAAAACAUCCUAAUAUACUCGGCUUCAUGGGCGUAUGUGUUCACGAAGGCCAGCUUCACGCUCUCACGGAGUACAUGGAGGGCGGUUCCCUUGAACAGCUGAUCCUCAGCGAGCCGCCGGAGCCUCUCCCUCAAGCCCUCAGGGUCUCCCUCGCAGCUGAUGUGGCUGAAGGCAUGAUGUACCUACACUCCCUCGGUGUCUUCCAUAGGGAUCUUACUACUAAGAAUGUAUUAUUAAGAAAGUACGGAGAAGGCGACUAUAUGGCCGUCGUUGCUGACUUCGGCCUUGCAGCCAAAAUACCUCAUCCGAACGGCUACCGGCUGCCGAGCGUGGGUUCACCGUGGUGGAUGUCUCCCGAGUGCCUCCGCGGACGCUGGUACGACCACCGCUCGGACAUAUUCUCCUACGGGAUCAUACUGUGCCAACUUAUCGCCAGGGUGGACGCCGACCCGGACGUGCUCCCGCGCACGGACAACUUCGGCCUCAACUACAUGGCGUUCGUGGAGCUCUGCGACGAGGACACCGUGCCUGACUUCUUGAGGCUCACCUUCAACUGCUGUAUCUAUGAGCCAAAAGCUCGUCCACUAUUCCCGGAAAUAGUGAACAAGCUGGCUGAAGUGAAGGAGAGCCUCGAUGACGCGGCCUGGGGCUCGCUCACCAACAACAACCAGUAUGAGAGUGAGGACGCGGACUCGUCGGGUCCGCGCUCGUGUCCCGGACUGUACGCGUGGCGCCGGCCGCAGCGCUUCCGCUCCGAGGGCAGUCCGCGCCAUCACGAUCAUGAACAACUGCAGCACCGGCGCUCGCUGUCGGAGCUGGAGUGGGGCGCGGCGGGGUGGGGCGGCGCGCGGGCGGGCGCGCGCUCGGCGUGGGCACUCGGCGCCGCGCCCCCCGCGCCGCGCCUGCCGCGCCUGCACCGCCUGGCGCACAUCAUGCUGCUGCGCGACGCGCACGCCGCGCCCGCGCCCGCGCGCCGCGCGCUCGACACCUUCCGCGGCGUCAAGAAGAUCCUCGAGCCGCACCCCGGCUCCGCGUCCUGCGCCGAGCUGGCGUCGCCGCCCCGCGCCGCGUCGCGCGCGCUGGACCUGUCGGACGACGCGCGCGCCGCCUCGCUGCCGUCCUCGCCCGCGCUGUCGCGCCGCGGCUCGCUCGACGCGCGGCCCACGCGCACGCCGUCCGGCCACGAGCUGCGCCGCCGCGCCUCCUGCGAGAGCGGCAUCUUCUCCGUGGCCAACGAGGAGCUGUGCCCCGCGCGCUGCGGCCGCGCCCGCGUGUGCCCCUGCUCGCUGGUGGGCUGCCACCGCUGCUGGUGGUGGCGGCCCGCCGCGCCGGCCGCGCCCGCGCCGCCGGGCGAGGUGCGCGCGCGGCUGUGCGCGGCCUGCCUGCUGCAGUACGACCGGGCGCUGGACGCGCGGGCGCGGGACGAGGCCGCGUCGCCCUUCCUGUGCGGCCGCGCGGACGACGCGCCGGCGGCGGGCGGCUCGGCGGAGCGGCUGUGCGAGUACCACAUCCUGGCGUCGUGCUGCUGCGCGCGCUACGAGCCCGCCGCCACCACCAGCGUGUACACGGACAGCUCGGAGGACGUGGCGUCGCUGACGGGCUCGGACAGCCUGUACUGCGAGGAGCGGCUGCCGCGGCACGUGCGCUCGCUGCAGAUCAGCAAGAUCGUGGAGUACUUCGAGCGCAAGGGCGCGGAGUUCACGUGCUCGCGCUCGCGGGCGCGGCCGCGGGGGGGCCGGCGGGCGCGGCUCAGCGUGUGCGACGGCGCCGUGCGCUCCAAGCUGCCGCUGUUCGACAAGAAGUCAUAGCGCGCCGCCGCCGCGCGCCGCCUGCUGCCCUAGCGCAACGCGGCGUAGCGCGCAGCAACGUAGCAUGCAGCGGCGUAGCGCGUAGCAGUGAGUACGCGACAGAACAUUGGUGGCAGCCGUACCGUUGACGUGACCCGUGCUGACCGCAUGAUGCAGACGAGCCGCCGGCGACUCUACCGACCCUGCUUCGCGUUCGUUUGACUGAUUGUAACUUCGAACUUUAUUUAUAUUUGCAAUAAAGGCGGAAUUUGAGAUUACAAAAAUGGUUGUAGAGGAGAUUAGUCGAAAUUAUCGGUGAUAUAGUCAAUGUGUGGUUGAAUAGUCCUUUAUAACGUGGCCUAUCCGUAUAUUAUGAUGGCCUUUUAGUCGUUUUUAGUCUAAAUAUUAUAGCCGUCGUCGCGUUCUGAACUUUAGUUUGGCUAACACAUCAGAUACAGUGUUGCAACCUGUAAAUAAUAAUUAAUUUUAGGUUAUGUUUCAAUAACUUUAUAAUUUAUUUUUAUGUUUCCAGUAUUAAAUAUUACUUGCCAGUUUACAGCUACUUUAAGUAUGUACAUAAUUUAAAAUUUAAAGUUAAGUUGUCAUAAUAAACAAGCGUUGGCUACGGUAGUACUGAACUUAAUAUGUUACGUUAGCAGUUCAAUACUGAUUGCGUUUAAGAGCUAAUUUAUAAUUUAACUAUACAAAGAUUCAAUCGCUAUAUUUCGUUAAACUUCGACAAAGUCAUAUUAUUAUUUAAAAUUAUUAUUUACUUUGAAAUACAUUUUUUAUAUUUAUCUUUACCCUACAUCAUAAAUUAUAUCUAUACUCAUAAUAUACGGACAACAUACGUCCUAAAAUUAUAUAAAGUAACACUAACUUGGUGGUGCGUUGCUAGUCUUUUAAAACGCGCCAAUGUGUCGGAAUCCGUCGUAUUAAAUAGUAGAAAAUGGUGUAAACUACUUACCCAGAUAUAUGGAAUAAAUUAAUAAAAUGUACUUGAGAACGAACGCUUCAAACGUACGUGCAUUUAGAGCAAAAGGAUGACUGAUUAUAUGCGUUCUUUUCCUAAAUGUACGCCCAUAUUGAACUAGACGAUUCAUAGAUUAAAGUUUUGAGAAUAUAAUAAAUUGACCCAGUAAGAGAUACGUACUUACCGUUAUCACGGAAUUUCAGUAAUCUGAAGAAUAGUAGCCAUAUAAAACGGUUUUCUCGGCUUUCAUCUAUGAGCCUCCGUUCAUUUCACCUUCCACUUUCCUCUAAACAAAAUAUAAUGUACAAAUAUGUGUCAAAAAUCAGACCGAACUAUAGAAAAAACAAAUGUUCUGUAUUGCCUGUUACUUUAACUACUACCAAUGUAGUAGAAAUUCUGUAAAUUCUCUAUGAUAUUACGCUAAAAAUAUGAAAUAGCAGGCAAUACCGAAAAUGUUAUAUUAAUAUCAUAUUUUUGUAAAUACAGUAUUAACAUGGUGUAUUUAAAUAUCAUCGUCAUCUUAUAGUAUAUUUUACUUUAAAAUCAUGGUUAUAUUGUUAAAUUCAGGGUAUAUAUGGUGUAAAUAUUUAAUGUUGAGAUAAAAUGUGAAAUUCUUGAGCCGCGGAUGCGGUUUACAUGUCAGUGCCAAAAACUAUUAUUUCAAAUAAACAAAUUAUAAAAUCACAAGCUUGGUUCACUGUGGUGUUUCGUUCAGCACGAAAAAACUAUUGAAAACUGAUAAAAAAAUAUUUGUCAAUAAUAAAAUGACUUAACCAGCCGGCUGAACGAGGCGACAUCGUCAACCAAGACCGCCAAGCAUCAGGAUAUCGAAUUAGUGUUGAAACUCAUUAUUUUGUAAAUGAAAGAGCAAUUACGUGUCCGUCCAUAAUUAGACGAAGAAAUGCUUUGUACAGUUGUCCCAUCUGUCGGUACACACCAUUUUAAACUCUAUCGGGAUAGACAAAAGGAUGAAAAUUGUGUCAUACUGACAGAUGGAACAAAUUCUAAUGUUGCUAUUAGAUAUGGUCGCAUUUCUAUCGACACUUCGCCCGUUGCUCCCUCAUAUGUCCCAAUUGUCCUAAAAGUACAUAUUUUGUACACUUUUUGGGACCUAUAAGUGAACAAUGGGCACUAAUUGGACACUAAGACUGAUAGUGGAAAUAUUUAGCAGCUUUUUGCAGCCAAACUGUCAGAGACAGUGUACUAUAAGCCAUGAGACAAAUGUUAUUAAUUUUAAAUGCUGGACAGAUGGCGCCACUUACGAUUGGCCCUCUAAGAAACAACUAUGUAGUCUAGUGUAUAAUAACACCGUCUCAUGUCUUAAUAGUGUUAGCUUUCAUUGUAGUCCAACUAUUUUGUUCUUAUUAAAAUCAUUGCUGUAAAUAUAUACCAUUGUUUUCCUAGCCGAUUUUACUAGAUAAGCCCAUUUCAUUGUAAUAUACAAUUGUCAUAUUACAUCAAUGAAUCGACACUGAUUAAAUGGCGAUUCAGAAAUCGUUUUUGUAGUUAUACUCAGCCAAAAACGAAAUAGGAUGGCGUUAACAUAGAACAAACUGUACCUAACUAUAAAUGUAAGGGAAUAACGCAUUUUUAGCGUUAUUUCGAUUCAAUUUAAAUCAUUGUGAUGUGAAUAAAUAAGUAAAUUGAUGUUCUCUUUUUCAUUUAUCUUAUUCGCUAUCUCGAGUGAUCAAUUUAAUAUCUACGAACUGAUCUGAUUAGCCUAUCUAAUCACCAUCAAUAAAUAUAUAAUGAAUCGGUCUCCUUUGUGCAAUAGUAGUCAAAUAGCGUUAAUCUAUUGUAAAAGACACCAUCUUGAGAUCGCGAAUAAGACUAAUUGUUAUAAAUUUGUAUAAAAAGUUGAAGCUAGAAAGCAAUCAAUAAAAAUCAAUUGAUGAUAAAUGCUAGGUAACAUGAAAUUAUUUUCAGAAGCUUUCAUUGCAAAAUUUUCCAAUGUUUGAAAUUCUAUCUGUUACGUGAAAAUUGUGUAAAUCGGUCAAUAGCCAAGGCAAAAUCGGCAAAUCAUUAAAGCAAAUGCAGUCUUCAACUCGACAACUGCACAGAAAAAUAUACCUAUUUUUUAAUUGGAAACAGCUUGGAAAAGUGUCGUGUGUUCCUGCCAAUUUAAUAGUUAACUAGCAGUUGAAUUUCCGAACGAAUUGUUGCAUUUUUAAUGUCGAAUUCAAUUUAUUGACGAUACAAGAAGAGAAAAAAUUCAAUGUAAUAAAAUCUAUGGCAAAGAAGCAUUUCUAAAAUGAAAUUUUCGAUUUUUUUUUUUUUUGCAGCUAACUAGCAGCUUGAAUCGCAAUUCUUUUGAUUGCAAAUGAGUUCAUAUUUUAUUUAUUAAAUAAAAAUGUUAAAAACUUCACCUUAGGUGUAACUUUUCUCAACUAAUAAUUAAUGUAAAAAAAAGUUUCAGCGCUAAUUCGGAUCAGUGUUGCCAGAUUUCUUUAAGGGGUUUCAAAGGGGCAAAGUUACACCGCAACAAGCAUAUCAGUUACAGAUUGUAGGUAAUGGUUAGUUAUUUUUAUACAUUUAGGUUUUAACAGGAAUGUCACACGACCGAUUAUGAUUAUUUGUGCCACUGCCGUUAUCCCUCAUUCUUGUUUUAGCGCCAUUUAUAACAUGUUCUGUUUUGAAAAAUAAAAUGAAGCGUUAGUACUUUUAUCUAUAAAUAGUUAAUGUAUAAAUAGUUAUAAUAGGACAAUUUCAGACAUUGCUACUUUUUAUACAAUCUUUGGUCCCCAAAAUACUUGUGAUAACCUUUCAAACUUUUCUUUGAAGUGAAAGCCCUUUAUUCCAAAAACAACGGGGAAUUCCCUUCAAGUAUAAAUUUUGUUCAGUAGUGUUAUACCAACAAAGGUUCUUUACCUAAUCAUUAAAAAAUACGAGUCGUUAUGUUUAAAAUGUCUUCAACAACGACGAUUGUUUUCAAAGUAGGUAUCAUAGAUAUAUACCAAAACGGACGUGUUUCUACACUGCGAAAGAUUACCUAAAUACCUACUUAUCGCGUCCCGUAUCUAGAACUUCUCGAACUUAGUAACAUUUUAAGUAGAUAUUAGUUACAAAAUACGCGUUAUCCUUAAUAGCUUAUUAUUGUUUUACAUUGUACAAUUUCUUGUUAUUAUACAACAUUGACUUUGUUACUAUCACUUAGGUGUAUAACUAUAAACACCGUACCUAUUUCUGACAAUAAUUUUAUUACUCACGCCUAUUAAUGUUAGUAGCUAUCAAGCAUCAUUAUCAUAGGUAAUAAUAUAAUCGGUCGUGUGCACAUAAUGUUAAGUAUAUAGGUUUGUGUACAUAGCUCCUAACGUUCCUUGUUUUUAAGGCACUAACGGUUUAAUGUAGAACAUUUUAUUGUACGGUUGUGUCAUUUACAUGCCCAGACUUAUUAUAGUUAUAGUUGAAGCCGAGAGGCACCUACUGAACGAGAAUUUGUAAAAGGAAGAUCGUAUUAAAUAUAUUUUGUUUCAAA